GUAGAAUCAGUCAAAUAAGUACAACACAAAUAAGAUAUAUUUAAUAAAUAUCUAAGAAUAUUGUUUAUCUCGCAAAUAUAUUUUAAAAUAACAAUUUUUACGAUGUCGGGAAAUGUGGAUUUUAAUCUGCUUAACUUCCAAUCAUAUGAGGAUUACCUGAAUUCGUUCAUUAAAAAAGAGGAGUAUAGAUAUCUGUCGAGUAUGCAACCCAUUAGAAAGUUGGUGAAACUCGGCUAUCGCUGCACCGCCAAAGUAUACGAAGAGCAUGAAUUUUACCAAUUACGAAAACAAUUGCACGACCAUAUCAGUCCAAAGGUCUUAUCGAGCGUCCUCUAUGGUAGUUACUUUAAAGGUACCGAUGCUGCCUUACAAGCCUUGGUGGACCGUGAGGAAGCCAAUUUGUUACAGAAAUUAUCUACCAUUAUCUUUCUGCAGGUGCGGCAGCGAAGCGGCUUCGACAUAUGCGGCUAUAUAGACUAUGAGAAGAGUUUGCGCGACUUCACCUUAAAGUUGCCCGAUCGCACCAAUUGGAGGGCCGUCUUUGAGGGUCGAGCUAAGCUGCGCCCGAAGCCAAGCGACUUAAGUUUUUUCGACUGGCACAGAAGUAUCCUAUGUUAUAAUGAUACCUAUAAUUACGAAACCGUGCGUGGCAGCAAUACUUUAAUGUUCAAGCAUAAGGCCGACCACAAGCUUAUUCCGGUAACCGAUAAGCCCAAUCCGCACUCUGACAAUGUUAAUCGACUUAUGAUUCCCUCCGAAAUAUAUGGUUAUAUUAUUUUAUAUGAUCACACUUUAAGAUGA